GAGGAGGAUGAGAAGGAGAGGCUGAGCCAGGUGAACGAUCUGCAGGAGGAAGAUUUUGGAGACAACACGGAGCCUCUGGAGGAUUUACUCCUCGGGCUGAGCGUCGGGGAGCCUAACCUCAGCACCCACGGCUCCCUGCACUCUUUAGACACUGACGUGGUGGCAGGCAGCCUCCUGGACCCCUAUAAGGAGAAUCUGAGGAGAGUUCAGUCCACAGACAGCCUGGGGUCCUCUCUCUCCGUGCAGCAGGGCCUCGGGGGACACAACCACAAAGCCAAGUCAGCCAGCAACCUGGACGAGUCUGACUUCGGACCCCUGGUGGGGGCCGACUGCGGGGCCACGGACAGCAGCUUUGGGGACACGUUGUCCAUCAGCUCCAUGAAGCUGACGGCCAGCCACUUCCUGCUCACUAAAGACCAGGAGAAAGCCAUCAAGGCGAUGACUCCGGAGCAGGAGGAGACGGCGUCGCUGCUCUCCAGCAUCUCCCACGCCCCCGACAACGCUUAUCUGCCGCCGGGGGGGUACAGGCUCGUCAGUGACAGCGAGUGGAACCUCCUGCAGCAAGAGGUGAAAAAUGCUGGCAGGCAGCUUGGCAGACGCUGUGACAUGUGCUCCAACUACGAGAAGCAGCUGCAGGCCAUCCAGGGACAAGAGGCCGACACUCGAGACCAGGUGAAGAAGCUGCAGGUGAUGCUGCGUCAGGCCAACGAUCAUCUGGAGAGAACGAUGACGGAGAAACAGACUCUGGAAGACUCGGUCAAAGUGGGCAACGAGGAAACUGCUGCUAAGGCGUCCGCCCUCAUGCAGCGGGUGCAGGAUUCGGAGACGUUGCUGUGCGCGCUGCAGCAGGCCUUCAGUGACGCUAAGAGGAACACACAGCAGCAGAUGGCGGUGCUGGUGAAGUCGAGGGAGCAGGUGGCCGACGAGCUGAGCCGUCUGCAGAGAGACAACGAGAGCCUGCAGGGGAAACACCGGCUGCACGAGGAGCUGCAGCAGCAGGAGGACUUCCAGAUGCCCAACACUGUGCAAGAGCUCCAUGGCCUGGUGGUGCGGUUUCGAGAAGACGUGGUGGCGUUACGGACGUCAGCUGAUCACAUGGAGGAGAAGCUGAAGGCGGAGAUUCUGUUCCUGAAGGAGCAGAACCAGGCGGAGCAAUGUCUGAAGGAAAACCUGGAGGAAACGCUGCAGACGGAGAUCGAGAACUGCAAGGAGGAGAUAGACAUCUUGGAAGCAUCUUUCUCCAGCCUCAAGACGGAGAUGGAGAGGAUAAAGGCGGAGAAGGAAAAGUUUGAGAGGAGUCUGUCGGAGAAGACGGAGACUCUGGAGAACCUUCAGGGUCUGAGGAUCAGUCUGGAACGGCAGCUCAGAGAACUCUCCACUGCAAAGAUUGCGCUCCAGACUCAGGCGAUGGAUGAGAAGGACAAAGCUCAGCGGCUGCAGACGGAGCUGGACGUCAGUGAGCAGGUUCAGAAGGACUUCGUCAAACUCUCUCAGACUCUUCAGGUUCAGCUGGAGCGAAUACGACAGGCGGACUCUUUGGAGCGAAUCAAAGUCAUCCUCAACGACACCAACUUCACUGACAUCAACCAGCUUCCAGACACAUGAUGACACUGACAGGAAACUGCUUCAGCUUCAUUCCCCCUCCUCCUCCUGCCCCCUAACCACCACAGAAGAAGAGUUUUGGAGGGACUAAAGGAGCCUUUUUCUUGUGUACAGAGCACACUGCGGAUAAUAGAAUAAUGAAGAAGAACACUACUACUACUAAAACAAGAAAAAUGUAAAUAAGUAAAUGUGUGAUUGUUGACGGAGGGAUCUCCCUGCGUCUCGUUUCUACUGUAGAUAUAUAUUUCCGUCUGUUAGCUCAACCAAAAAAGGUUUGUCGUCGUCUAAAAGCACUUUUCAUCGUCUCUUUCCAGGUCAUUUUAGACGAAAAUUGGAUGCAUACAUUUUCCUCGUCCUUGCUUCCCUUUUCCACUCGCUUCCUCUUUCCUUUCCACUGUUGUUGUUCUGUGACAUUUUCCUCCUUGUUUUGGCUCAUUCUCGCCCUGUGACAAAGACACGAUGAAGGACACUCAUGGGAAAUACUUGCACAUAAUUUAACUGUCAAACUAACAGGAUUUCAGCAACAUCCUUCAUCCUCUCCUCACAUCGGACAUUUUUUAAAAGCUGCACAAACACAGUGAAGAAAUAUCCAUAUCCUGUUUCAAAGAUUUAUUUUCCACCCUUCUUGAAAAUCAUGAAGACACAGAGGAAGUGGAUUUUAUAACGCGUUUCGCUCCUUUUGAUUGGUUCCCUUAGUGUAAUUUAAAAGCUUAAAAGAGCAAUUAGCUGCUCAUUCAAAGACACUUAAAAGAGGGAGCACCUCUUGAGAAUUCAGUGGGUAAAAUCACCAACACAAAUUCAUAUAACUUUUGGUAUUAAUGUGUCUACGAGGUUCAUUAAUCACCACUUUGAGGCUACAAAUGGGUUUCAUUUCAACACUUUUAAAGCUGGGUUAUGCAGAGUUUCUUUUACCGUUAUUGGGUACAAAAUAAUCCACAGUAACCUCUCGGCAUAUUGUAACUCGAGCCUUAUUUGAAAAUCAGAUUCCUGCUGUUUUCAGGGUUUAUCAAAUCUAGCCUGCGACCAAUUAGCCACAUCAUUUCAGAGAGAAAGCAUUCCUAUUGGCUGUUCAACAAAAGUAGAUGUGCAUGCAUGGUGAUUCCAGAAGUUAAGCGCCUGAUACAACGGAGGAAAGUCCUGCAGAAUAAGUGGCUUUUCAUGCAUUGGCACAACGACACUGAAACUGCAAAGAAACCCCGGUGGAGGGCUGUACGUUCAAUGUUUGCCUCUCCAGAAAACUGCCUAACUGGCUAAGACUUGAAGGACAAUGUGCUCGAAAUAUGAUGAAUUAUUGCCGAAUAAUGCAAGAACAAAUCUGCCUGUACCAGCUUUAAAGUGUCAGGGUGUUGGAAAGCAAAUCAAAAAGACUGAUCUGUGAUUGAUGUAUUAUUAACACAAACAACUUCGUCCUUAAGACCUCAGAAAGUUCUUAAGUUAAAAUACGCUUCAUCAUCAGUGAGCUUUCUGGAACUCUUGGACUUGCUAAAACCCCUGAGAUUUGAAAUGGGAACCACCAAAUUAAAUUCGUUGCGAAAUCAAACCACGGGAAAGAAAACGUGUUUACCCAAAGACGUUUAACUCAAAAGAAAAUAAUCGUUUUUCCCCUUGACAUAAACAAAUCUUACAAAUGGACAUUUUCAGAUGUUAAUUGCAUUGAAUUUUACAGUGAAAAUGUAAGCAGGGAGCUUAUGGGAGAAAGCUACUUCACACCUCGACACAAAAGCCAUAAAAAGUGUGUUUUCCUAAUAUUGCAAUAAUAAUAAUAAGGACCCUCAGAUUUAAGCGUAUUUCAGACGCUUUUAGACCAUCUCGAAGUGUUUCUAAUGAAGCAUCCUGAGGCUUUUACCCAAACUUAAAAUGACAAAUUGUGCUUUUUAAUUAACCAUAUUUAAUCAAGGCAGUUUAACAAAAAAUACGGAUUUUAAAACCACAAGAUUACACAUUAAAUCUGUGUGUUUUGAGGUGUUAAACGGCAGGCGUCUCAUUGCCCCUUAAUAAGACAUUGAAUGGUUUUGAAUUAAGGAAGUGGAGGUUUCUUUUUGGCAUAUUUGACAAUUAUUAUUUCCCAACGCAAGAGGUGGCACAUCAGCUGCUUCAGUUUUAAAAUAUUAAGAGAAAUACAAAGACUUCUGGAGCUGAAGAAAGUGGAAAAUGACUAGUUUUAACAUUCACUAAAGUCUUGAUGUUCAAACAUGCAGACAGAAAAGUAGGAUUUCACCAAUUAACUAAAUUCAAUAGUUUUUGUUCUUUUCUCAGCAGUCUGCUUUGAAUACAGACUGACCCUCGAUGUCACUUUGAACGGUUAAAACGGCACUAAUGAACUUCUAUUGAAAACAAAUCAUCCUGAAGUGAUAAAGAAGGACUUCUCUCUGUAUUGUGAUUAAAACAAUAUCCAUAUAAUCACGCAUACAGCAGCUUUUAGGACAUGUUGAUUACUGUUUUCCUUUGUUGACGUGCAUGUAUUACAUUUCCUUUGUGUUGUCUAUACUGUAGAUAUCUGACGUUGAUAUUUAUGAAUGAUCCAGAAAUAUCAAGUUGCACUGACAGAAAAACCGUGUGUCUGAUUGUGAACGGAGAAAUGGUGAAAGUAGAUAAUAUUCAUGAGGUGUUUCUUCUCUGAAAAGGCCUUAUUGCAUUACGGCUUGGUGUGUUUGUGACAUUUAAAACCCUCUAAUUUAA